UCUUCUCGGUAAAGGCAAAACAGAUGCGAUAGCGCUUUACACACCCGGGUGUUGUGAGUUGCUAUCAUGCGCCAUCCUGACAAAUCCGGAGCAAGAUUGCAGGAGAAAUUAGAGAGGAGAGAGAGGCGGAGGAGAGGUAGAAUAGGGUAAGGAACAUGGAGGAUCUGUAUGUAUGGCUUAUAUCCUUCUUCUUCCUCAUUGCCCUACUUGUCAUCAUCGUAUUCCAGCUAAUGUGCUUGGCAGAUCUGGAGUUCGAUUAUAUUAACCCUUAUGAUUCCUCAUCUCGGAUAAACAAAGUGAUAUUGCCCGAGUAUGCAGCUGAAGGAGUUUUAUGCUUGUUUUAUCUCCUAACAGGACACUGGUGUAUGUCGCUAUUGUGUGUUCCAUACCUUUACUACAAUGUGAGGCUUUACACACGAAGACAGCAUCUGGUAGAUGUGACUGAGAUAUUCAACUUGCUUAGCUGGGAAAAGAAACAGCGACUUUUCAAACUCUUCUAUCUCAUUUUUCUCCUCUUUCUGACAAUUUUCUGGAUGAUUUUGACCGCAUUGGAAGAUCAUGACCUUGAAUAAUUGGGUGCUAAUGCGCAUCAUUGUAAUAUUCAUAGGGAAUUCUGGAUUCCAUAAACUGCCGGCUUGUAUGAAUGAUUAGGACAACAAAGGGGUCUGUUGUAAUUCAAAUAGUUCACGUCCCAGGAUUGAGCAAUCAUUAGAUUCUAUUGUUUUAGAUGCUAUACAUUUCUUGGACUUCGGCUAAUGUCGAAUGUUUUUUAGGCAUUUUAAUCAGUUCAUCUAAUCUGUUCCUUCG